AUGGCAUGUUUAGGAAUACAACAGGCAUGGUCAAAAACAUACAUCGUAGAUUUAAAUUUUAAUGAUCGUGUUGGUACUUCAAACAUACUUCUAGAAAUAGGAUCAGUGUCUUCUAUUAAGUGCGCAAUAUCGUGUUCCCAAACCAGUGGAUGUGAAUCGUUUUUCUUUCAUCGAGACAAUUUGAAAUGUGAUUUGGUCACUUCUAUUCUGAAUGAUUUGACGUCUACAGUUGUAUCACCUGACUGGCGUUACUUUAAAGCGAACGCACCGGUUGUGACAUGUACCAAUAGUAUAACAGUUGUUGGUGCAACAUUCACGCCACUGCAGACUAACGCCAAAGCUGGUGAUAUUAUACCUUAUCAAUGUGUUCCCGGAUUUGAGUCAAUUACAAAUACUGGAAGUAUCAGUUGUCAAGGCAAUGGAACAUGGUCAACUCCAAGUGAUCCAUGUCACAAAUGUGGUACGUACAGUGCGAACUACGAGACAAGAGCUGGGAAGUAUUUCUAUCCUCCGCAGACGUUAAUGUCAUGGUAUCCUACUACAACCGGGUCACCGACAUCAAUUACCGCCACCUAUUGUCAAAGUUCAUGUACAAGUAGACCUGACUUCACAUGUGUUGCUGCAUAUCAUAAACCAGGCUUCUGUCUUCGUGUGUGGAUCAGAAUUGAAGAGGACAUUAACCUUUACGCGCCGUAUUACUAUGACAACACGGAUUAUGUCGAGUUUAUUAGACUUUGUUUAUAA